AGGAAGCAUGCAGUGAUCGAAGCAGACGGAGUACUAUUUACACAUUUUUAUACUACAGUUGGCUAUGGUUGUGCCAAAUUUAUUGGUUUUUACGUAUUAAUGCACCAGAAUCAGAAAUAUAGGUAAAACGGAAAAAUGAAGAGCAAAUCUACACAGAAGCUUGCUGAGCUUCAAAGAAACCCUGCAAAUAUCAGGAAUAUUUGCAUUCUAGCACAUGUAGACCAUGGCAAAACAACACUAGCCGAUGUUUUGGUGGCCAGUAAUGGCAUCAUAUCACACAGGAUGGCAGGAAAGCUACGAUACAUGGAUAGUCGAGAAGAUGAGCAAGUUAGAGGAAUUACUAUGAAGUCCAGUGCAAUCAGUUUACAUUUUGCUCAAGGUGAGCAGGAGUACCUGAUAAACUUAAUAGACUCUCCAGGACAUAUAGAUUUCUCCAGUGAAGUGUCCACAGCUGUGAGGUUAUGUGAUGGUGCUAUCGUGAUAGUGGAUGUUGUGGAAGGUGUUUGCCCUCAGACACAUGCAGUUCUGAGGCAGGCAUGGCUGGAAAAUCUCAAACCAAUCCUUGUCUUAAACAAGAUAGAUCGCUUGGUCUCGGAGUGGAAAUUUACUCCAUUGGAGACCUAUCUUCACUUGCAGCAGAUAUUAGAGCAGGUGAAUGCUAUUACUGGAGAACUGUUCACAAGUGGAGUUUUUGAGAAAGAGUCCAGUCAAGCAGAAGAAAACCAAGAAAAGGAAGUUAAAACAAAUGGGGAUCAGGUAUAUGAAUGGAGCUCAGCUUUGGAUGACACUGAUGAUGCAGAUCUGUACUUCUCUCCAGACCAGGGAAAUGUGGUGUUUGCAAGUGCAUUAGAUGGAUGGGCUUUUAGCAUUGGUCACUUUGCUGAGCUCUAUUCAGUUAAGCUUGGAAUUAAUGCUGGGGUUUUGAAGAAGACACUGUGGGGGGAUUUUUAUCUGGAUACAAAACAAAAGAGGAUUCGUAAAGGUGCACAGGCUAAAGGUAAAAAGCCUUUAUUUGUCCAGUUUGUAUUGGAAAACCUUUGGUCAGUGUAUGAGGCAGUCACCGUAAGAAAAGACAAGGAAAUGAUUGAGAAAAUAGUAAAGUCACUGAACUUAAAUAUUCCCCCGAGGGAUUCCAGACACACUGAUGCUAGGGUACAUCUCCAGGCCAUUGUCAGUCAGUGGUUGCCACUUUCAAAGGCUGUUUUAGAUGUUGUCUGCAGCCAUCUUCCUUCCCCGAAGGAUUUUCUGCCAGAGAGGGUGGAGAAACUGAUGUGUGGGGGUGCCAGGAGGUAUGAUUCUCUACCUUCACAGACACAGCAACUUAAAGAAGAUUUCUUAUCAUGCAGUCCUGGGGAAGAUAAACCAGUGAUUGUUUUCAUUUCAAAGAUGUUUCCCUUUGACAGACAAUGCCUUCCUCAAAAUAAACAAAGACCUCUCACUGAAGCUGAUCUUGCACAGAGACGGCUGGUAGCAAGACAGAGGCAUGCACAGAGACUAGCAGCACAGUCAGAUGGAACUCAAGAAGCAGCUGUCAGUUCUGAAGUGGCAGUUCAACCAGAGAAACAGGAAAGUGAACCAUUUGAAAAAGAGGCAGGUGAAAAUGAAAUUGAGGAGGAGAAAUCUGACCAAGUAUUCCUGGCAUUUGCCAGAGUGUAUAGUGGUACAGUUAAAAAGGGGCAGAAACUAUAUGUCCUAGGACCCAAACAUGACCCCAGCAGAGUACUGGAAGAGAUUGGAGAGGGCACUUCAAUAGAUGAUAGCCUGACGGUCAGUGAGUUGACCAGUGGUCAUCACAUCACCUCAGUUACUGUAAAUGACCUGUACAUGUUUAUGGGGAGAGAGCUGGAAGAUUUAGAUGAAGUGCCAGCAGGCAAUGUUCUAGGCAUUGGAGGUUUGGAGGAGCAUGUUUUGAAGUCUGGCACUCUGUCUAGCACUGUGGCCUGCCCUGCCUUUACAGCUAUGUAUUUUGAAGCUGCACCCAUUGUUAAAGUUGCUUUAGAGCCAGUGCACCCAGCUGAUAUGCCAAAAUUGGUGCAUGGCAUGAAGUUGCUGAACCAGGCAGACCCUUGUGUUGAGAUCUUGAUUCAGGAGACUGGAGAACAUGUCAUCAUGGCAGCUGGGGAGGUCCAUCUCCAGAGAUGUGUGGAUGACAUCAGAGAAAGGUAUUCCAAAAUUGAGCUGAACGUGUCUGCUCCCAUAGUCCCAUUCAGAGAAACCAUCGUACCACCUCCAACAGUGGACCGUGUGAAUGAGGCAAUAACUAAUGAAAAGCAAUCCAUGGCAAUACAAGAGAAUUCUGAUGAGGAAGACAUAGAACUAAUUGAACCAGGACUGGUGGAAACAUUGACACCAAACAGAAUGUGCACAAUCAGAUUACGGGCCAUUCCUCUGCCUUAUGAGGUAGCAAAAAUUAUAGACGAUCAUGCUGAGUUAAUCAAAACUUUAGAAAAAUACUCCAUGGCAAGGCUGGUAGAAAAAGAAGACACCCAGGCUGCAGAAAGACUGAAACUUGAAACAAAAGAUGCUAUUAGAGAUCUUAAAGCAAAAUUGUCAGCAGUUUUCCAGGAAGCUGGUAAAAAGUGGAAUGGUGUAGUAAACAGAAUAGUUUCAUUUGGACCAAAGAGAAUGGGUCCCAAUGUACUGGUAAACAAUAUCCCUGAAUAUGACAGGCCCUCCAUAUGGAGUUGUUUAGAGAGCAUAGAAGACCAGGUGGCUAAAGUAGGGAAAAUUAGAGAAUAUGACAGUAACAUUGUCAGUGGUUUUCAGCUGGCUACUCUUCAGGGACCAAUGUGUGAGGAACCAAUGAUGGGAGUGUGUUUUUCUGUAGAGAAGUGGGAGAUGCAUAGUGAGCCACAGCCACUACCAAGUACACUUACAGAAGAGGAUGAAGAAAAUGGUGAACUUCAACCAAAUCAGUUGAAGAAUAAUUCAACAGCUAAGCCUAAACCAGAUGCUAGUUUGGAACCGGGCACUGAGAAAAGUGUGCAGUUCAAGAGAGAUGUGUAUGGUCCAGUCUCUGGUCAGAUUAUGUCCACUGUUAAAGAUGGCUUAAGGAAGGCUUUCCAAAGUCAGCCACAGAGGUUGAUGGUGGCCAUGUAUACCUGUGUGAUCAGAGCCACAGCAGAAGUCUUAGGCAAGGUGUAUGCAGUUCUAGGCAGACGUCAUGGACGUGUAACAUUUGAGGACAUGAUGGAAGGAUCACAGAUAUUUAGUAUAACAGCCGUGCUGCCUGUGGUGGAAAGUUUUGGUUUUGCAGAGGAGAUCAGGAAAAGGACCAGUGGUUUGGCCAGUCCUCAGCUGCAGUUCAGCCACUGGGAGGUUGUAGAUCUAGAUCCAUAUUGGGUGCCUACCACAGAGGAAGAAUACAUGCACUUUGGAGAAAAGGCAGAUUCUGAGAACAGAGCAAGAAUUUACAUGGACAAUGUUCGGAGGAGAAAAGGUCUGAAAGUUGACGAGCGAAUUGUGGAGUUUGCAGAGAAGCAGAGGACAUUAAGCAAGAAAAAAUAAGCUGAAACACCCAACACAUGCGUGUCCUAUGUACCUCUUCAUGAAUCCACUAUUGGACAGUGAAAUUGAGAUUGUGCAUGAUAGCUGACAUAUUAAAAACAGGCAUUGUUAACAAGUCCAGUGGUUUUUUAACAGUAUACACUUUAUUGGUUUACAUAGACAUUAAAGACACUAACAGUCAAUUACAAUUUUUAUCAGGUUGUUGGACCUUUAGAAUAAUUGUACAAAUAGAUCUUGAAUGUGAGAUUCUGCUAUUGUUUAUAGUUACUUUACAACAUUUGUCUACUAUUUUACAUAGCAAUGUUAUAAGAUAUAUAUUAUUUAUGUAGAAAAUUGUUCAAUAUGUGAACAUGAAAGGAUUACACUUUCAUGUUUAGUACAAUCUGUCUUGUCAAGAUGUGACAUAACAUGAUAAUUAUAGAGCUUAAAUUGUACAUUUUGCAGCAACUGAUAGAGAAACCAUAAUUUCACAUCCAUUUUUGCUCUAUACAAUUAAAUUGAUUGUAACA